AUGUUAAAAUUAAUUUCAAGAAAUGCAAUAAAUAAAAAUAAAAUAAUAUUAUUUAGAUUAUAUACAACAACAAUAAAUUCAUCAAAUAAUGGUUCAACAAUAAGAGAAUGGAAAAAACCAAGUUUAGAGAAUUCAUAUGAUACUGGUAUUAUGGUAAAAAAUAGUUUAUUUAAAAAUGGAAAUGUACCAUUUUUAAUAUCAAAUUGUAGUGAAAAGAAUCAACGUCCAAUCAGUUGGUAUACAUGUGGACCAACAGUUUAUAGUAGUUCACAUAUUGGUCAUGCAAGAAAUUAUAUGACAGUUGAUAUCAUUCAAAGAAUUUUAAUAAACUAUUUCAGAUUUAAUAUUAUUCAUGUAAUGGGUUUAACUGAUAUUGAUGAUAAAAUUAUAAAUAAAUCAAAACAAGAAUUAAUAUCUGCUUCUGAACUUUCAAAAAAGUUUGAACAAGAAUUCUUUGAAGAUUUAAAAUCAUUAAAUAUUAAACCACCAAUGUUUACAACUAGAGUAUCAGAACAUAUUGAUGAAAUUAUUAAAUAUAUUGAAAAGAUUAAAGAGAAUCAAUUAACAUAUGAAUCAACUAAAUCGGUAAUAUUUGAUGUAAAUAAAUUUGGUAUUGAUAGAUAUUGUAGUUUAAGAGCAGCAAAUCAACAAAUUAAGUCGGAUGAUACAUUGUUGGAAAAGGAUAAAAAAUCAAGUCAGGAUUUUGUAUUAUGGAAAGCAUAUAAUGAAAAUAUUGAUAUCGAUGGUACUGGUAAUCCUGUUUGUUGGGAUUCACCAUUUGGUAAAGGAAGACCAGGUUGGCAUAUAGAAUGCUCUGCAAUGAUUGAUUCAAUUUUUAAAGAUCAUUUAGAUGUCCAUUCUGGUGGUGUGGAUUUAGAGUUUCCACAUCACCAAAAUGAAAUAGCCCAAUGUGAAGGCCAUAGUCAUUCUCAUGGCAGUGGUGAUGCUGAAUCAACUCAAUGGGCAAAUUAUUUCUUUCACAUUGGUCAUUUAAUUUUAAAUAAUGAAAAAAUGUCAAAAUCACUCGGUAAUGUUAUAACAAUUCGUGAUUUCUUAUCACGUUAUUCUGCAAAUUCACUUCGUUGGAUUUGUUUAAUUCAUAAAUAUAAUGAUCCACUCUCUUUUUCUGAUGAAACUUUACAAUUAUGUAUUAGUAAAGAAAUUAAAUUUUUAAAUUGGUUUAAAAUUGUUAGAUCAAAAUUAAAAUUAGAACAAACAAGUGUAAAUAAAGUUAAAAAAACAUUUAAUCAUUCAAUUGAAUUAUUAAAUCAAUUAAGUGAAACAAAAUAUUUAAUUGAAAAAGAUUUAAAGGAUGAUUUCAAUACACCAUCAGUUAUAAAGAGAUUGGAGUUAUUAAUGAAACAAACAAAUGAAUCAAUGAAUUCAAUCGAUACAGAUUUAUUAUUCAAUGUUCAAGAUUACGUAGAGUCAAUAUUAAAUAUAUUUGGUUUAGAAGUUAACAGUGAAAUUAGCGAUCAUAAUAAAACUGACGAAUCAAAUCAAUUCUUAUUGGAGAAAUUAUUGGAUUUUAGAUCUGAUGUAAAGAAUUUAGCAAAAAAUGAAAAAUCAUUAGACCAAAUAAAAUCAAAAAUUUAUCAAAUCACUGAUCAACUCAGAAGUGAUUGUCAAUCCGAAAUUUCAUUAAGAGUUUCUGAUAUUCCUGAUAAAGGUACAAAUAAACCUUAUACAGUUGAUUGGUUAGAUAAAAAUCAUAUUCAAUUAUUAAAUAUUAAAAAACAAUCUAAAAAAUAA